AUGUUGACUGACUGCUAUCCACGAGUUUCAGUUAAGUGGCUUGAAGAGAAGAACGCAGAAAAUAUAUUUUAUAAUUUGCUUUCACCAGAUCCACGUGAAGUUGCUAUAAUCGAGUCAUUGGUGUUAUAUAUUUUCAAAUGCUGGUCGGAAAUAUCAGUAUUGUUCAUCAAGGCCGCCACAACAAUUAUCCAAAACUUUAUUGACGGAUUUCAUACUUUUUACGGAAUCAACUCAGUUCUCAAAUUCCUUGACCUUUAUUUCCGAACUUGCCAGUCCAAAUGGGAUGAAUCAAUGAAUACGAUGGUUCUUACCAAGUUUCUCCCAAUUUUCCUUUCCAAUUUCGCUUAUAAGUAUUAUCCUUCAUUGAAUCGUAUUUUGUCAUAUGCCUAUUCAAAGAAUGAUAAUUUGGCAGUCCAAGUCAUGUCCAAAAUGAUUCGUUGCUGGCCAAUUACAUGUUCUUCGAAUAUUGUCUGUUUCAUUCAUCAUUUCUCUUCAAUUGUUACAUUGGUUGGUCCUGUUAAGAUUGCGCCAUACGUUACAACAAUGUUCACAAGAAUCAUUGAAUCAGUAAAAAGUGAUAAUCAAAAGGUCGCUGUUUCAGCUUUAACCAUUUCAUGUAAUGUUACCUUCAUAUUCGAGUUCGUUACCAAGUUUUCUCCACUUGUACGUGCUUUGUAUGCUGCUGCUGAAGAAACUGCUGCAAAUCAUUGGUCAGAAGAGGCCAGAUCUGCUGCAAAACAAGCAUUAAUUUCAAUUAAUAACGCUGCGCUACAGAUUAAAUUAGUUUCUCCACCGGUUCCUCAAAAUGAUAAACCAGAAAAGCUUUCCUCAUGGAGAUCCCUUUCUCAACAAUUCGGAAUUGAAUUGAUUGGAACCGUCCCUGCUUGCUAA